AACAAAUUCACCAUCAAAAAUCUUCGAAACCUCUUCACCAACCGAAAGUUUACUGGACUACGAAUCAUCAUUGACGGUAAUUCUUCCAAGGUCCGCCACAACACCUCCGUCAAAUCAUGAGUCUACAUUAAAGUUGAAGCGCGUUGACACGAAAGUCACACGUACCCAGCGAUGUCUCGUGUGAUGAGACCAUGGAUUGCCCGGGUGGUGAAGUCCGAGUUGCUGAAGCUCCAAGAGAACAAUAAAUUUAACGUUAAUGAACCCACCUUAAAGAUACCUAUCACCAAGGUUGGACUUGUUCAGAUCAUCGAUCUCGGUAGCGAUUCUGUUCAUGGGAUCUGUGACGAAGAAACAAUCAUCAAAGCAGAAUUCGAUCCUGCUUGCGUGGAAUCGUUUAAAAAAAGUUCCAGCCGCAGCUUCUUUGAGCUCAAGGGUGCGGUCAUUGCCAUCAGCGACUAUGAUAUAAUCCUCAAAUUGCAAUCCGGAUUACCAGCCUGCCCUCGUCUGUUCGUCAGAGCUUUUAAAUUGAAAGGUUCCGAAGGAUCUGCUCCCUUUGGCAAGCCAAUUGAUAUCAUGCAAGACCAAGCAUUACAGCGAAUUGUGGAAAGAGUGUCACAAGCGUUCCAAGAUGACCGACAAGAUCAGGAGUCUGUUGUGUCCUGUUCGCCGUCUUCUAUCCAUUCCCAGGAGGACACUCCCGCGGCUAGAUUUGGCUUAUCUCUUAACCCGCUAGGAACUCAACAACUGAUGACUCAAAUGGCGACUCAGAUACCAAAUCACCAAGAAGAGUCAGGAAAGCCCAAAGAAGUCUCUAAAGCGCCCAAUGAGAAACUUUUAGAAAUGCUUCUAAAGAAGCCCCGCCCAGCAGGAAAGGCAUCAAAUCCUGUAGCUGAGGGAGUUGAGGGACGUUCAACUGGAGCUUUAGCAUUCGACGCCAAAGCUUCUUCUUCACAUUCGAUUCUCAGGCCAAUUUCAGAACGGCGGGCUAAAGAGAUGAUAACAGCUCGCGAAACUAGAGCCAACAGGCAGGAAACCCUAUUUACGACCCAAUCAAGCUUUUCUGAUCUUUCCAGGCCGUCUAGUCAACCCCAAGCCAAGAAGCCAAGAGUCGCCGAAAUCGAACCUCCUUUAUCGGACGAUAGUGAAAAGGAAAACAGCCAGGAAAUUUUGCAGAGAGCGAGACGAGAAGCUUCUGAGAAAGCAAACGCUUUGACUGAACCUAUCGUUUCGGAGAGAGCCGAUUCAAACCCUUCUGUUCUCUUUGUUGAUCCCUUCCAAGAUUCAAAUCCGUUUGAAGGCCUGAAGCGGGUACCACGAAAGUUUGUUCGAAUUCCGAAGGCACAGCAAGCCCUUUUGGAAGGAAACGGCAGUUGGUUUACCCCACAGACUGAUGGCCGGAUUAGCUAUGCCAGACUUCCUCCACAAGUGCAACAAGAAAUGGAUGUCUUCCUCAAGCGUCAACAGGAGUCAAGUAUCGAAGAACCGCACGACGAGAAUAAUGAUGAGGAAGAGGAAGGCGCAGAAGAUGAAGAUAGCGAGGAAUAUAGUGAAGAGGAUAGUGAAGAGGAUAGCGAAGAGGACGGUGAAUCAGGACAAUCAACUAGGCUGAUCUCAACUCGAUCGCAAAUCCAUGAAGAGGCCGACCAAAAACUUGCGUCACCGUCCAAGCUUAAUGGCGCGGCUUUGCAGAGCCCCAUACUUCCGCAGAUACCCAAUUUCAACUCCAGUCUAGGCUCCGAUGCGACUGCACGGCCAGUAAGCCCAUAUGACGAUCCUGAGGCGAAUCCUGAAAACAUAGGUGUCAAUGAAGAGUUGUCUGGUGACGAGUCUUUCUUAUGGUCGCCUAGUCCUGUCAGAGACAUAAGGGAACUUGAAGUCUUGCCAACCGCAGCCAAAUGCCAGUUAGAAAAUCUGGGUGAGCCCCAAAGCAUCCGUGGACCCAUUUCUCAAGCCAGUAAAGAAGACGAAUUUCAUACAAGUCCCAUGAGUGAGAAUGCUGAAGCCUCAUGUUCCGACUUCGAGGAGCAGGAAUUACCCUCUGCGGAACGGAAGACACACACCAAGUCGCCCACCAGAAUUCAGUCAGUACGUCCACGGUUCCAACUGGCCGACAUUCGGUCAAGCAGCCCUGCUGAAGAAGACGAGCUGGAUCUGGCUGUGCCGUAUGGCGUUGGCGACAUGGUUGAAGGAAGCCAAGAGCAGCAUGAGGGUCCCGAAACCUCCCAAGAAUUGCCAUGUACUGGCCCUUUCAAAGGAGAACAAAUUCAGGUCGAGAAGACUCCUUUCGCUCAUAUACAUGCAACGAAGAAUUGUCCUCUUAGUCCUAAGAUGUCAAAAGUUGCAACAGCAAACACCCGUCCGACCUCUUCGGACUCAUCCUCUAAUUUAGUAAUCCCUGCAACCUUUCCUCCUUGUACACCUUUAGCGAUGGACGCUUUGAGUUCUCUCCCCGAUCUAGAACCGUCGACAUCGUCAAUUGUUCAAAUUCCAGCUACUGGUCGAAGAUCCAAGCAAUUAUCACCACGUGUAAGCUCUCUAGGAGCUUCUCAUACUGUCGAGAUCGCACCGGAAUUUGUCAGCUUGGAGGACAAGUCCUCCAAGUCGUCGAAGCCUUUAAAGCCCGAUUUUGGACGUGGUAAACCAAAAGAGAUGGCAAGAGCACGGAGAAAUAGCUUUCUAGAGAAGCUUCACGCAGGGAAAAUUGACCCUGUGAUAUCUAGGUCGCCACUGCUACCAAGUCCGGAAAAGAGAAAUCACGCAGUCAAUCCUACUGCUUAUGCGGAAGUACGAAUUUCCAGCACCUACGUGGAAGGUUCGCUUGGCGAUACUUCAACUGCCCAUCAACCCAUCGCUGAAGCACCAGACGCACUGCUUUCUGCUUCUAAGGUCGUUUUGGAUUUAAGAAGCCCGUCUCCUGAGCAUAAUGCGAGCUUCCCAGCGCUUUCAGCAGAUGUACAUCUUUCUCAAGUGGCACCAAACAGAAUUAUGAGCACCACGUCCUCACCCCCACUUGUGUUUUACGACGAAUUCAGAGAAACAUAUCCUGAGUAUGAUGGAAGUGAAGUCGAAUUCACCAAAGCCCUGGUCUAUCUCGAGUGGCUGAAAACGGAGCGUGGAACGACCAUCCCACACUGCGACGACUUUAUCAGAGUCAUGAAUUCCGACCACCGUAAGCACGUAAACGAGACCGUGGCCACAGAACGCCUAACGGGUCUUGAUUUCUACUCUCGGCACGUCUCGAAAGCUAUAUACCGAUACGAUAUCGUCUCUUCUCAGAAUAUAGAAGCUGUACUGCUGACUUUGGAUUCUGAGACUGUAGCGAAAUUCAGGAGAAAAUUCUUUGGAGAGCCGGAUACAGUCAACUUGUCAUCUCCGGGAGCUAGUCAAAUCAUUGCAUCGAUCGAGACUGAGGAGAGCGGCAUGGUUCUUGACGACGUUGUUACAUUUCCGUCCAAGGAGUGCUCCUCGAUGCAGAAGGGUGUUGCACAUGAUAUGCCAGCGGUACCUCGGAAAGCAACUACGUCGAAGAAACCAUUUUUCGAGACCGCGAGCCAGCAAGUCAACUUAGCCAAGCAGAUAGCCGAAACACCAAAUCGAGUGUCCCACUCCACGUCCAAUGGAGGAAGCAGUGUUAAGUCGAGAAAAACUACAUCAAGUCUCAAAGAUAUCAUGGCUAAGCACCAACUCAGAGUCGACACACCGAGUCGAGCAUCUCAAGCCAGCAGCAGCAGAAGCGAUGACAAGUCUACAAAGCGGAAGAGCCUUCCUUGGGUCCCAAUUAAUUCCCAGGUUAGCAGCUAUGGUAGCAGCGACAAGUCUAAAAAGCGGAAGACCCUUCCUUGGAUCACGGAUAAUUCCCGAGCGAGUAGCUAUGGUAGCGGUCAGGGGUACAAAGAACGCAGAGCCAAUCCUUGGUUAACAGAUAAAGGCACCAAGUCCACCGCCUCAACUCCGACUAGGACGGGAUUGCAUCUAAAGCCAAACAAUAGCUUUCUAGGCCUGUCAUUACCCGACCGUGGAGAGAAAAUGGUCUCGAACGAUGUCAUGGUCGAAGAGGAAGAAGAGCCUUGUGCUCGCGGAUAUCCAGAAUCGCCGAUACUCGGAAGUCUUCGAGACUUAUCACCCAAACCACGCGAGUCGAAGAGAAAGAUACCUUCAGACUCUCCGUUCGACGACCUGGAGGAUCCAUUCGCAGGCUCCAAAGCUGGCCGCCGCUCAACUAUGCCGGCCAAGACCACGGUUCCUUGGGGUGAUGCGCCACGUGAAUCAAAACGCAAGCGGACUUCGGAAAUCUCGCCACUCGGAGGACUUGAAGAUCCCUUCGUUGCGGCUUCGAACACUUCAAAAGCUGCUCGGCGGGUAACAAUGCCCGCAAAAAAUUUAGAAAGUAUCGACAGGGCGAAGGAAUGGGUAAAGACGACACCUUUGAAGAAGAUGAAUCCCUUCGAGGCCAAGGUGGAUCGAAUGAGAUUGAGUGGUUGGGUACCAAGAUCGGCAAGAAUUCCGAGACUGACUGGCAAGACGUAUUGUAUUACGAAAAAGGCAGAGCCUUCAGAUGAGCCUACGACGCAAGCAUGGAGUUUCUGAUAUGUUACGACAUCGUUGGCUUGGAUUGACACGAUAUUAGCGAUUGGGAAGGGAAUAGGAUUGUGAAGUCUGUUGGAGUUUAAGGAUACCAAAAUUACUGUAGAUGUAUAACUAGCAACGGACGUUGUCUAACCAUCAAAGAUUGAGAAAAUGUUCAUAACGAGUAACUGGCGAUCAGUGACUAGCUAGACAGG